UGGAGUUAGUUCUUCCGCAGGGCGGAAAAGGCAUGUUUUCUUGUGCCCGGUAUCUUUCUAGUCCCCUUUCCUUGCAGGAUCCCAUGAGUAAGCUGUGGCGGCGCGGGAGCACCUCCGGGGCUACGGAGGCCCCUGAGCCGGGGGAAGCGCUGGAGUUGAGUCUGGCGGGAUCCCAUGGUCAUGGAGUGCACAAGAAGAAACAUAAAAAGCACAAGAAGAAACACAAGAAGAAACAUCAUCAGGAAGAGGAGACCGGGCCCACACAGGCAUCUCCUGCCAAGCCCCAGCUCAAACUCAAAAUCAAGCUAGGUGGGCAGGUCCUAGGCACCAAGAGUGUUCCCACCUUCACUGUGAUCCCUGAGGGGCCUCGCUCACCCUCUCCCCUUAUGGUUGUGGAUAAUGAAGAGGAACCUAUGGAAGGAGUACCCCUUGAGCAGUACCGUGCCUGGCUGGAUGAAGACAGUAAUCUGUCCCCGUCCCCACUUCGGGACCUGUCAGGCAGCUUAGGGGGUCAGGAGGAAGAGGAGGAACAGAGGUGGCUGGAUGCCCUGGAGAAAGGGGAGUUGGAUGACAAUGGAGACCUCAAGAAAGAAAUCAAUGAACGCCUGCUUACUGCACGACAGAAAGCUCUGCUCCAGAAGGCUAGGAGUCAGCCUUCCCAGAUGCUGCCGCUCCCUUUGACAGGGGGCUGCCCCGCCCCCGCGCUCACAGAGGAGAUGCUGCUGAAGCGGGAGGAACGGGCGCGGAAGCGGCGGCUGCAGGCUGCACGACGAGCAGAGGAGCACAAGAACCAGACAAUCGAACGCCUCACCAAGACUGCGGCUGGGCGGGGAGGCCGGGGAACCGCGCGGGGCGAGCGGCGAGGAGGGCGGGCCGCGGCUCCGGCCCCGAUGGUUCGCUACAGCAGCGGAGCACAGGGUUCCACCCUGUCCUUCCCACCAGGCAUCCCUGCACCCGCUCCAGUAUCCCAGCGGCCAGCCCCAUCAGGCCCUCCUCCGCGCUGCUCUGUCCCGGGCUGCCCCCACCCGCGCCGCUACGCCUGCUCCCGCACCGGCCAGGCGCUCUGCAGCUUGCAGUGCUACCGCAUCAACCUGCAGAUGCGGCUAGGGGGCCCCGAUGGCCCGGGAUCUCCUCUUUUGGCUACAUAAGGCAAGGACCUAGCCCAGAUUCUGCGCCCUCUCACAUGCUUCCUGGUUUAGAUGUCUUUUCCCUAACCCUAUUAAAUUUC